CACACAUGGAGGAGUGGAAGCGAAAAGACUAAGACUUAGAGACUGCCUUCAUUCUCUCUGACUGCUGUUUUUCUGAUUCAGCUUCUUCACAAAUAAGAGGAUUCCCAGUUCAUCACCCCCAAAUUCAGGAAUUGAGCUACUGAGAUUGCCAGAUCUUUUGCUGAUUCUGCUUUGAUCUGCUUGUUGCGGCUGCUGUUUUUCAACUGGGAUUCUUUCUGGUGUUUGGUUUGUAAGGGAGAGAUCGAACUUCAGUGCGGUUGCUUCGAUUUUUUAUUUGGCAACGAAAUUGCUUCUUUCGCUAUUUGAAGAUGGAAUUGAAUUCGGUAGUGCGGUAAUUGAGAUUUGAUGCUUCUGGCUCGGGAGAAGCGGCCUCCGACGCGUGGUGGAAGGGGGAAGUUUUUGGGCAUCUGCUUAUUCGAUUACUUGGGGAGCAGGGUGAAAGCUGAGGCAGUGAAUUCAUGAAAUGUCGAAGUCCCCUGCCAUAGAACAAAUUGAGUCCCUAUCACCUUCUACUUCUAGCCCUCGGGAAAAUAAUGGAGCAGGAACGAUGGAUGAUCCAGAAACUACAAUGGCGACAGUUGCUCAGCUUAUUGAGCAACUUCAUGCAAGCAUGUCUUCGUCACACGAGAAAGACCUUGUUACAGCACGUCUUCUGGGAAUUGCUAGAACACAAAAGGAUGCUAGAACACUCAUUGGUUCUCAUUCUCAAGCCAUGCCUUUGUUCAUCAAUGUCCUCAGAAGUGGGUCUUCUGUUGCAAAAGUUAAUGUUGCUAGAAUUUUAAGUGUUCUAUGCAAAGAUGACGAACUGCGCUUGAAAGUGCUUCUUGGUGGGUGCAUCCCACCAUUGCUCUCACUCUUGAAAUCUGAAUCGAUUGAGGCUAGUAAGGCAGCAGCUGAGGCAAUCUAUGAAGUUUCUUCAAAUGGGCUUUUGAAUGACCGCGUUGGUAUGAAGAUAUUUGUCACAGAAGGUGUUGUACCCACCUUAUGGGACCAACUAAAUCCAAACAAUAGGCAAGACAAAGUUGUAGAGGGAUUCAUUACUGGAUCUUUGAGAAAUCUUUGCAGAGACAAGGAUGGUUAUUGGAAAGCAACACUUGAGGCUGGAGGAGUGGAUAUCAUUGUCGAUCUUCUUUCUUCUGACAGUGCUGCAGUUCAGUCAAAUGCAGCUUCUCUUCUAGCACGCCUGAUGUUGGCCUUCAGUGAUAGCGUAGCUAAGGUUAUAGAAUCUGGAGCUGUGAAGGCUUUGCUUGGGCUUAUAAGUAAGAAAAAUGAUAUUUAUGUCCGUGCAAGUGCUGCUGAUGCUCUGGAGGCUCUCUCAUCGAAGUCAACUGGGGCCAAAAAAGCAAUUGUGGACGAGGAAGGUAUUCCAGUACUUAUCAGGGCAAUAGUUGCCCCUUCUAAAGAGUGUAUGCAGGGUAAGCAUGGCCAGUCUCUGCAGGAGCAUGCAACACGAGCAUUGGCCAAUCUUUGUGGUGGGAUGUCUGCAUUAGUACUCUAUCUUGGAGAACUUUCACAGUCCCCUCGCCUUUAUGCACCAGUUGCUGAUAUAGUUGGAGCACUUGCAUACACUCUAAUGGUUUUUGAGAAGUCCUGUGAUGAAGAACACUUUAAUGCUACCAAGAUAGAAGAUAUUCUUGUAAUGCUACUAAAGCCUCACGAUAAUAAGUUAGUUCAGGAGCGUGUCCUUGAAGCUAUGGCUUGUCUAUAUGGUAAUAUAUAUUUCUCAAAAUGUCUAAAUCACGCAGAAACAAAAAAGGUGCUUAUUGGACUUGUAACCACUGCUGCUCCUGAUGUGCAAGAGUACCUAAUACCAUCUCUGACUAGCUUAUGCUGCAGUGGGGUUGGCAUCUGGGAAGCCAUUGGCAAGAGAGAAGGGGUUCAGUUACUUAUAUCAUUACUGGGGUUAUCAAGUGAGCAACAUCAAGAAUAUGCUGUUCAGUUGCUGGAAAUCUUGACUGACCAGGUAGAUGACAGCAAGUGGGCUAUCACUGCUGCUGGUGGAAUUCCUCCAUUGGUUCAGUUAUUAGAGACAGGCUCCCAUAAGGCAAGGGAGGAUGCAGCACAUAUUCUAUGGAAUUUGUGCUGCCAUAGUGAAGAUAUUCGAGCCUGUGUUGAAAGUGCAGGUGCCAUCCCAGCGUUUUUGUGGCUCUUAAAAAGUGGUGGAUCAAGGGGCCAGGAAGCCUCAGCCAUGGCACUUACAAAACUUGUCCAAACUGCUGAUUCUGCUACUAUAAAUCAGCUAUUAGCUAUGCUCUUAGGAGAUUCUCCAAAAGAAAAGGCUAAUAUAAUUCAAGUUUUAGGUCACGUGCUUACUAUGGCAUCAUAUGAGGAUUUUGUACAAAGAGAUUCUGCAGCUAGUAAAGGACUGAGAACACUUGUUCAAGUUCUUAACUCAUCAAAUGAAGAAACUCAAGCCCAUGCUGCUUCUGUUCUAGCAGACUUAUUUAGCACAAGGCAAGAUAUUUCCGAUAGUCUUGCAACUGAUGAGAUUGUACAUCCUUGCAUGAAGCUCUUGGCCAGCAAUACUCACGUUGCCACUCAAUCAGCUCGGGCACUGGCUGCCCUCUCCCGGCCCAGCAAGACAAAAGCAACGAAUAAGGUGUGCCAUAUUGCAGAAGGGGACGUCAAGCUUCUGAUUAAGUUGGCUAAAACAUCUUCUGUUGAUGCUGCUGAAACUGCAGUUGCUGCCCUGGCCAAUCUUCUGUCUGAUUCUCAAAUAGCUGCUGAAUCUCUGGCAGAAGAUGUAAUCUCAGCUCUAACGAGAGUUCUUGGAGAAGGAACUCCAAUUGGUAAGAAGAGUGCAGCUCAAGCCCUUCAUCAAUUGUUGAUUCAUUUUCCACUUGGUGAUGUGGUUGCAAACGAAACUCAGUGUCGUUUCAUUGUCCUUGCUCUAGUUGACUUCUUAAGGUCUACGGAUAUGGAUGGGAAUAAUGUUGCGGAUGCUUUAGAAGUAAUUUCACUCUUAGUUAGGACCAAGCUUGGAGCUAGCUUGGCUUAUACACCAUGGUCUGCCCUUGCUGAGGUUCCUUCAAGCUUGGAACCACUUGUAUACUGUCUUGCUGAGGGAACAUCUCCAAUGCAGGACAAGGUGAUAGAAAUUUUAUCAAGACUAUGUGGAGACCAACCUGUUAUUUUAGGCGAUUUGUUAGUUGCAAGAGCAAAAUCACUUGAUUCUCUUGCCAGUAAAAUAAUAACCUCUUCAAGUCCAGAAGUAAAAUCAGGAGGGGCUGCUUUACUCAUUUGUGCAAUGAAGGAGCACAAACAGCAGUCAGUGGAAGCUCUUGACUUGUUCGGAUGUCUUAAACCGCUUAUAUAUGCUUUAGUGGGUUUGAUCAAGCAAAAUUCUGCUUGUUCCUCUUUAGACUUUGAAGUUAGAACCCCUAGAAGUUUUACGAAACGAACUACUUUCCUAGGAGAUAGGUUUGAUGCCCCUGACCCAGGCACAGUUAUGGGAGGUACUAUUGCCCUCUGGUUGUUGUCAAUAAUUGCUUCUUUUAGUGUGGAGAACAAGGUAGCUGUUCUGGAAGCUGGAGGAACUGAGGCCGUGUCUGACAAGCUUGCUAGCUAUACUUCUAAUUCACAGCAGGCAGAAUUGGAGGACAUGGAGGGUAUAUGGGUCAGUUCUCUGCUUCUCGCUAUCUUGUUCCAAGAUGCAGAUGUUGCCUCGUCCCCUGAUGUCAUGAGCAUUAUACCUUCACUAGCCUUUCUUGCAAGAUCUGAGGAAGUGAAUGAUAAAUUCUUUGCUGCGCAGGCAAUGGCAAGUCUUGUUUGUAAUGGUAGCAAAGGAGUAAAUCUUGCCAUUGCAAAUUCUGGUGCAAUUGUUGGGUUAAUUUCUCUAAUUGGGUUUGUGGAGUCGGAUAUGCCAAAUCUUGUUGCUUUGGCGGAUGAGUUUUCUUUGACACGGAAACCAGAUCAAGUUGUUCUCGAGCAUCUAUUUGAAAUUGAAGAUGUUAGAACUGGGUCAACUGCACGCAAAACUAUACCUCUUCUUGUGGAUCUUUUGAGACCAUUACCAGAAAGACCUGGUGCUCCUCCUGUUGCUGUUCAGCUGUUGAUUCGUAUUGCUGAUGGAAGUGACGCAAAUAAAUUAACGAUGGCUGAAGCUGGAGCUGUAGAUGCUUUGACGAAGUACCUGUCUUUGAGUCCUCAAGACUCAACAGAGGCCAUAAUAUCUGAUCUAUUGAGAAUUUUAUUUAGCAAUCCCGAACUUAUUCGUUAUGAGGCAUCGGCCAGUUCCUUGAAUCAACUUAUAGCUGUCCUACGUCUUGGGUCAAGAAAUGCAAGAUUCAGCGCUGCAAGGGCCCUUUUUGAACUUUUUGAUUGUGAGAACAUCAGAGAUUCUGAGCUAGCCAAGCAGGCUUUCCAUCCACUAGUUGACAUGCUCAAUGCCACAACAGAAAGUGAGCAAGGUGCUGCUCUUGCUGCAUUAAUUAGACUGACUUCAGGACAUUCUUCAAAAGCCGAUAUAUUGAAUGACAUGGAAGGAGCCCCGCUUGACAGUUUAUGCAAAAUUUUAACUUCGUCGUCAUCCUUGGAGCUGAAGACGAAUGCUGCAGAACUAUGUUUUAUACUGUUCGGUAAUAUUAAAGUAAGAAUAAAUCCAAUUGUUUCUGAAUGCAUACAGCCACUCAUAAUGCUUAUGCAGUCAGAUUCAGGUGCAGCAGUAGAGUCUGGGGUAUGUGCACUUGAAAGAUUGUUGGAUGAUGAGCAACAAGUAGAGCUCACUUUACCCUAUGACAUUGUGGACCUCCUUGUUAGUUUGGUCUCUGGAACGAAUUAUAGAUUGAUCGAAGCAAGCAUAUGCUCUCUGAUAAAGUUGGGAAAAGAUCGAACUCAACUCAAAAUGGAUAUGGUUAAGGUGGGGAUCAUCGAUAACUGCCUCGAUUUACUUCCAGAGGCACCUAGUUCAUUAUGCUCCUCAGUGGCGGAACUGUUUCGCAUUUUAACAAACAGUAACGCAAUUGCUCGGAGUUCAGAUGCAGCAAAAAUCGUGGAACCUCUUUUCUUGGUUUUGCUUCGUCCAGAUUUUAAUUUGUGGGGGCAGCACAGUGCCUUACAAGCUCUUGUAAAUAUUUUGGAGAAGCCACAAAGUCUUCUGACUCUAAAACUUACUCCGAGCCAAGUUAUCGAGCCUCUGAUUUCCUUUCUUGAAUCCCCAUCCCGUGCUGUCCAGCAGCUUGGCACAGAGUUAUUAUCUCAUCUUCUUGCACAAGAGCAUUUCCAGCAAGAUAUUACAACUAAAAAUGCAGUUGUGCCACUCGUACAGCUUGCUGGGAUUGGAAUAUUGAAUCUACAGCAAACAGCUAUAAGGGCAUUGGAAAAGAUAUCCACUAGCUGGCCCAAGUCUGUUGCGGAUGCUGGAGGUAUUUUCGAGCUUUCGAAGGUUAUUAUACAAGAGGACCCUCAGCCUCCUCAUGCUCUUUGGGAAUCAGCCUCCACGGUUUUGUCGAAUGUUUUGCGAUUCAAUGCUAAGUACUAUUUUAAAGUUCCUGUAGUUGUUCUCGUGAAAAUGUUGCAUUCGACCGUGGAGAGCACUAUCACGGUGGCUCUCAGUGCUUUAGUUAAUCACGAAGCUAAUAAUACAUCAAGUGCCGAACAAAUGGCGGAAGCUGGUGCUAUAGAUGCAUUGGUGGACCUUCUAAGAUCUCAUCAAUGUGAAGAAGCAUCUGGAAGAUUACUCGAAACUUUAUUUAAUUACGUCAGGGUGCGAGAGAUGAAGGUUUCCAAGUAUGCCAUAGCACCCUUAUCACAGUAUUUAUUAGAUCCACAGACCCGAUCACAGCCCGGCAAGCUUCUCGCAACAUUAGCCUUGGGAGAUCUGUCACAGCACGUGGGACAUGCAAGAGCCAGUGAUUCGGUUUCUGCCUGUCGAGCAUUGAUAAGCUUGCUUGAAGAUGAGGCAACGGAAGAAAUGAAAAUGGUAGCUAUUUGUGCUUUGCAAAACUUUGUCAUGCACAGUAGAACAAAUAGGCGAGCAGUUGCUGAAGCAGGUGGAAUAUUGGUCGUUCAGGAGCUUCUUUUGUCUCCAAGUCCAGAAAUUUCUAUCCAGUCUGCAUUGCUGAUAAAGUUCUUGUUUUCGAAUCACACGUUACAGGAAUAUGUAUCAAAUGAGCUCAUUAGAUCUCUGACAGCUGCACUAGAGAGGGAAUUGUGGUCGACAGCAACAAUCAGUGAGGAGGUCUUAAGAACCUUGAAUGUGAUAUUCACCAACUUUCCGAAACUCCAUAUUUCCGAAGCAGCUACUCUUUCCAUACCUCAUCUAAUCGGAGCUCUGACAUCGGGUAACGAGGCAGCUCAGGAAACUGUGUUGGAUACGUUAUGUUUGCUAAAGCAUUCCUGGUCGACCAUGCCGAUCGACAUAGCAAAGUCUCAAGCUAUGAUUGCAGCUGAGGCCAUUCCUAUACUCCAAAUGCUCAUGAAAACCUGCCCUCCUAGUUUUCAUGACAGAGCAGAUAGCCUUUUGCAUUGCUUACCAGGUUGUCUGACUGUUAUUAUUAAGCGUGGGAACAACCUUAAACAGACGAUGGGAAGUACAAACGCUUUCUGUCGACUGUCUAUCGGGAACGGCCCUCCUCGACAAACGAAGGUUGUUAGCCACAGUACAUCUCCUGAAUGGAAAGAAGGAUUUACUUGGGCAUUUGAUGUGCCUCCAAAGGGGCAAAAGCUGCACAUCAUCUGCAAAAGCAAAAGCACUUUUGGCAAGUCUACUCUAGGAAGAGUGACGAUCCAAAUCGACAAAGUUGUAACCGAGGGAUUGUACAAUGGAUUAUUCAGUCUAAAUCACGAUGGAGACAAAGAUGGCUCUUCUCGGACACUCGAAAUCGAAAUCAUUUGGUCAAACAGAAUAUCAGAUGAAGAAUUACAAUGAAUGAUGAAUGGAGAGUUGGAAAACAAAGCUCCGAAGCUAUCCAAACUCGGCUUUUAAUGAAGCUCAGAGGUAAGUUUGCUUGUAAUUAUUCAUGUCAUAUGAAAGUUUCAAUUUUGUAGCAUGAAAAAAGAAAAAGAAAAGGAAAAAAAAAAGUGUAAAUUAAAAUUUCUAAAAUCUCCUGAGAAUAAUGUGUGUGUGGAGGAGGAGGGAGGGGGAGAUUCCCACGAUGAAAGGGAAGUCUAAGAAGAGUAAGAGGGUACUUGAGUUUUGUUGUACAGGGUUUAGUCUAUAGAAACAAGAAUGCUACAAUUACAAAGAAACUACAUGUGAAAAUAUGGUUUCAGCUUUGCACGAAGGUGCAGCAGCUUUGUCAAUCAAUCAAUCAUACAUCUUAAUUGUUAGCUACUA